AGGUUUUUUUCUCUUUCUUACUCUUCUCGUCUCAUCACCACACCCCUCGUCUCUCUUCCCUAAACCUUUAUAUAAUAUUUAUUUCAUCCCCCAAAUCGAUCAAAACCAUCGGUAAUCAAAUCCCCAUCCACUCUCUCCCUGUGAUCAAGUUGGGUUACGGGUUAUUCACAUUGGUGAUUGCUGAGGAAAAGAUUAUCUAUAGAUAUAGUGCAUUGGUACACGGCUUUUAAAACAGCACGCUAAAAUGGCUAAUAUCGGUAUAAGUGGUAUACUGGAAAAGAUGACCGGCAAAGAUAAGGAUUUCAGAUAUAUGGCAACUUCUGAUUUGUUGAAUGAGUUGUCUAAAGACGGAUUUAAAGCGGAUCAUGAUCUAGAGUUAAAGAUUUCGAUGACCGUUCUGCAGCAGCUUGAUGAUCAAUCUGGCGAUGUUUCUGGAUUAGCUGUGAAAUGUCUAGCUCCAUUGGUGAAGAAGGUCAGUGAGGGAGCGGUAUUGGAAAUGACUGAGAAGCUGUGUGAUAAAUUAUUGAACGGGAAAGAUCAGCAUCGGGACACUGCUAGUAUAGCCAUGAAGACAAUAGUUUCAGAAAUCACUUCGACAAUUGUUGCACAACGGAUUCUUGUAUCUCUUUCGCCACAACUAGUUAAGGGAAUAACUGCUGAUGGUAUGACCACAGAGAUCAGGUGUGAGUGCCUCGAUAUUCUCUGUGAUGUUCUACACAGAUUUGGGAAUCUUAUGACAGCUGACCAUGGGUUGCUGCUUAAUUCACUCUUAUCGCAACUGAGUUCCAAUCAAGCCAGUGUCAGGAAGAAGGCCAUUUCAUGCAUUGCAUCCCUUGCUUCAAGCUUGUCAGAUGAUUUGUUAGCAACGGCUACUGUAAAAGUAGUGCAGCUCUUGAAAAACAAAAGUCAAAAAUCUGAAAUGAUUCGAACAAACAUUCAGAUGAUUGGUGCUCUAAGUCGAUCUGUUGGAUAUCGUUUUGGACCACAUCUUGGAGACACUGUUCCUGUGUUGAUUAAUUACUGCACAAGUGCAUCAGAAAAUGACGAAGAGCUGCGCGAAUACAGUCUGCAGGCUCUGGAGAGUUUUCUCCUUCGAUGCCCUAGGGAUAUAUCACCAUACUGUGAUGAAAUCUUACGUCUUACAUUGGAGUAUUUAAGUUAUGAUCCAAAUUUCACUGAUAACAUGGAGGAAGACACUGAUGAUGAGAGUCACGAGGAUGAAGAAGAUGAUGAGGAUGCAGACGAAUAUACAGAUGAUGAGGAUAUCAGUUGGAAGGUCCGAAGAGCAGCCGCGAAAUGCUUAUCAGCCAUAAUUGUUUCUCGCCCUGAAAUGCUCUCUAAGCUGUAUGGGGAGGCAUGCCCUAAGUUAAUAGAAAGGUUCAAAGAAAGGGAAGAAAAUGUCAAGAUGGAUGUAUUUAACACAUUCAUUGAGCUACUGCGUCAAACUGGAACUGUCACCAAGGGCCAAAUUGAAAUUAAUGAAUUGAGUCCACGGUGGUUGCUGAAGCAAGAAGUCUCAAAAAUUAUUAAAUCCAUAAAUAGGCAGCUUCGUGAAAAAUCUGUCAAGACAAAGGUUGGUGCAUUUUCUGUUCUGAGAGAACUUGUAGUUGUCCUACCAGACUGCCUUGCUGACCAUAUUGGGACUCUUGUUUCUGGGAUUGAAAAAGCACUAAGCGAAUCCUCAAACUUGAAGAUUGAGGCUCUCAUUUUCACAAGAUUGGUUAUGUCUUCACAUUCACCGUCUGUUUUCCAUCCUUACAUCAAGGUCCUGUCUGCUCCUGUACUGUCUGCUGUUGGUGAGCGUUACUACAAAGUUACUGCUGAAGCAUUAAGAGUGUGCGGGGAGCUUGUCCGAGUGGUGCGACCUAACGUUGCGGGUGUUGGUUUUGAUUAUAAGCCAUACGUUCAUCCAAUCUAUAAUGCAAUUUUAACUCGUCUAGCUAACCAAGAUCAAGAUCAGGAAGUUAAGGAGUGUGCUAUUUCUUGCAUGGGCCUCGUCAUUUCAACAUUUGGUGAUAACCUCCAAGCAGAAUUACCUGUAUGCCUUCCUGUUCUUGUUGAUCGGAUGGGUAAUGAGAUAACUAGACUUACUGCGGUGAAGGCAUUUGCUGUCAUUGCUACAUCUCCUCUCAAAAUAAACCUAUCAUGCGUUCUGGACCAUCUUAUUGCUGAAUUAACGGCAUUCCUGCGAAAGGCUAACCGUGCAUUGAGGCAAGCGACAUUAGGGACACUGAAUUCUCUACUUGUAGCAUAUGGUGAUAAAAUUGCAUCUUCUGCCUACGAAGUUAUAAUUGCAGAACUUUCGGCUCUUAUAAGCGACUCAGACUUGCAUAUGACAGCUCUUGCAUUGGUUCUCUGUUCUACGUUGAUGACAGAUAGAAAGUCAAGCCCCAAUGUUGGUUUGACUGUUAGGAACAAAGUUCUUCCACAAGCUCUGACUUUAAUCAGGAGUUCAUUGUUGCAGGGGCAUGCCUUGCAGGCCCUGCAAAGUUUUUUUGCUGCCUUGGUCCAUUCAGCAAACACAAGCUUUGAUGCUUUACUAGAAUCUCUUCUUUCAAGUGCCAAGCCAUCUCCACAGUCUGGUGGCCUUGCAAAACAGGCUCUUUAUUCAGUAGCUCAGUGUGUUGCUGUCCUCUGCCUUGCAGCUGGUGACCAGAAAUGUGGAUCUACAGUAGAAAUGCUUACAAAAAUAUUAAAAGAUGAUUGCAGUACCAAUUCUGCUAAGCGGCACCUGGCAUUGCUAUGUUUGGGGGAAAUUGGAAGAAGAAAAGAUCUAAGCUCGCAUGCAGGCAUAGAGAAUAUCGUUAUCGAGUCUUUUCAAUCACCUUUUGAAGAGAUAAAAUCUGCUGCCUCCUAUGCGCUGGGAAACAUAGCUGUUGGAAAUUUGUCCAAGUACUUGCCCUUUAUUUUGGAUCAGAUUGAUAACCAACAAAAGAAACAGUAUUUACUACUUCACUCAUUAAAGGAGGUUAUAGCCAGGCAGUCGGUAGAUAAAGCUGGACGGUCUGAGUUUCAAGACACAAGUGUUGAGAAGAUACUGAAGUUGCUCUUUAAUCACUGUGAAAGUGAGGAAGAGGGAGUUAGGAAUGUAGUGGCGGAGUGUCUUGGUAAAAUUGCCUUGAUUGAACCUACCAAACUUGUCCCUGCACUUAAGGAACGAAUAGCAUGUCCAGCUGCUUUCACCAGGGCAACCGUUGUUAUUGCUGUGAAGUACUCAAUUGUUGAACGCCCAGAAAAGAUAGAUGAGAUUAUGUACCCUGAGAUCUCCUCUUUCCUAAUGCUUAUUAAAGAUCACGACAGGCAUGUGAGACGUGCAGCCGUCCUGGCUUUGAGUACAGCAGCCCACAACAAGCCAAACCUGAUUAAGGGUCUUCUUCCAGAGUUAUUACCACUUCUCUAUGACCAAACUGUUGUCAAGAAAGAAUUAAUCAGGACUGUAGAUCUUGGUCCUUUCAAGCACAUUGUGGAUGAUGGGCUCGAGCUAAGGAAAGCAGCUUUUGAAUGUGUUGACACAUUGCUCGACAGUUGUCUCGAUCAAGUGAAUCCAUCCUCAUUCAUUGUUCCAUACCUUAAAUCUGGUUUGGAUGAUCAUUAUGAUGUCAAAAUGCCUUGCCAUCUUAUACUCUCGAAGCUUGCAGACAAGUGUCCUGCUGCUGUUCUCGCAGUUUUGGAUUCUUUGGUUGAUCCUCUCCAAAAAACUAUCAAUUACAAGCCGAAGCUAGAUGCUGUGAAGCAAGAAGUGGAUCGAAACGAGGACAUGAUCAGGAGUGCUCUCCGAGCAAUUUCUUCUUUGAGCCGCAUAAGCGGAGGAGACUGCAGUCUUAAGUACAAGAGCCUUAUGAGUGAGAUAAUGAGAUCAACAGGGUUAAGCGACAAGUAUAAUACCAUCCAUAAUGAGUAGAUCCUGAAAUCCUCUUCUGUUUUCUUGGAUUGGAUUUGUGCGUAAAUGGUAAAAUCAGUAAAAACGACGAUAGACACUCUAUAAUCUUCAUCACCGGUAUACUACAGUUGGCGGGGCUGGUUCUGGCUUUUGGUAAAAGAAGGGUCUAAUCUCUUCUUCAUCGGCUCAUUUUGUCUCUUAUUUUUCAAGUAUACGGUUUAUAUUCCUCACAUGAGAGGAAAAAUGAAAAUAGUCAAAGUGCUUUUCAAGCAGACAACAGAAAUCUCACAUGAUAUUUUGCUUAUAUUUAGACAAUUUUUGUAAAUGGUUUGGUUAUUUUGUACCUUCCAUUUCACUGUUUUACAACAUGGGGUUCGGUUAGCUAUUAUCAUUCGAGUAAUCAAGUUAGUUCCAACGUUCAUGCCCAUUUGCUUCA